UGUGACAACACGAAUCCACUUCAACCAAGCUUUCGAGUGACGGUUGACUAGCAUCUCAGUCUCAGGAGGACACUUAUCCGCCUCCUGUUCCCAUGUCUUACAAAGGUGGGGGAAUGACACACCCAGGUCUCAGCUACGGUGGAUUAACAAAGUGUCCAGACCUGCUCCCGAGCCAGCUAACACUUUUGAAGACACUUUCCACUGCUCUUGCAUCCCUGUUCAUAGCGUAAGUCUGUCCUCCCAGUCUUGACAUCCUGUAGAAUCUACACCCAACCGUUGACCCCAAGUCCGAGGAGCAUCUAUCUGCCUCGUCUGCCGAUGUUUGGGAAGAGAUCAUUGCUGGUGUUGGUCAUUUUUGUUGCCACCUUUCUGAUGCUCUGUUUAAUGUAUUCUAACUCUGCCGGAGAGCUACCCACUGAUGUUCGCCCCCCGUCAAAAAGGUUAUCGUUCUCCAUUGGCCCUCCUCCACCUAGUGAAUGUACCUGUCCUGGGGGCUCAGUGUUACUCAAAGACCACAUCCCCAAGGAGGAGUAUGAGGAGCUGAUGCAACGUCGGGCUAAGGAGUUAAAGCAGCACAAAGCCAGGACAUCAUCUGUAUUAUCCAGGCUGCUGUUUGCUUUGCCCAACUCUCCCCUGCAGUACCCUGUCCAGGGGUACACAGUACGGCCUUUGACCCCAACCCUUAUACCAGGUUUAGAGCUGCAUGCGGGGAAAAGAAGCAACUACAAGGUGUUCUUGGAUGUGUCCAAAGGCACCCUGAGCACGGAGAUCCCCGGAGAAGAGGCGACCGUCAAAGAGGUUGGUAAGACGGGGCUGACUAUUGAGUCUAGCAACCUCGACGUCCUCAACAAGCUUCUGGCCAAAGUGACCUACACUAGUACUGUCUAUCACGUGAAUACCGCAGACCUUGCUUCCUUCAAGUUUGAAGACCACCAUGCUGUGUUUCCUAUUGCCAUUAAACAGCCUCAGCUCCCAGUCCUCUACGACAUGGGAAAAGACAUCAACUCUCAUGUUACCAUCGCCACCAAGACUUUCCUGCGUUAUCCACAACUGAAGGUGCUGUUAAAAAGCAUCCGGGAUUUCUAUAGCAACAUAAAAGUCAUUAUUGCAGAUGACAGCCUAAAACCAGAGCCCAUUACUGGAGAAAACGUCCUGCAUUACAUCAUGCCUCCAGCCCAGGGCUGGUUUGCUGGCAGGAAUCUGGCUGUGUCCCAGGUUACCACCAAAUACUUUCUGUGGGUGGAUGAUGACUUUGUGUUUACAGAGAACACAAAGAUAGAGAAACUUGUGGAGGUGAUGGAGGCAGUUCCUGAACUCGACGUAGUUGGUGCUUCAGUGGAAGGGAACAUGUUUUACUUUUCUCUUGACUAUAACGAAGGAACAGAAACAGAUGGUGGCUGCCUGGACAGGAAGUCUAAUGGGAAGUUCCAUUCUCUCCCUGAUUACCCACAAUGUUCUCUGGCCAGUGGGGUAGUCAACUUCUUCCUGGCUCGUACAGAUGCCGUACAGAGGGUUGGAUUUGACCCUAAGCUCAAGCGUGUAGCGCACUCAGAGUUCUUUAUGGAUGGCCUGGGUUCCUUGAUGGUUGCCUCAUGUGGCCACGUGUCCAUUGGCCAUCAGCCCAGAUCAGCCAGCGCCGACUACAGCCAUUUCAGAAACCCUGCACAUAGUGACAGUGAGUUCAAACUGCAGCUUCACUUCUUCAAAAACCACCUGAAGUGUAUUAGGUAUGGGUAGAAGACGCUGGGGUCAUCGGUUGGGUUUACAGACGGCACUUGUGCAAUAUACAAUGCUGCGAUAAGAAUGCAAUAUGACACUGAAUGACGAAAUAAUAACCAGGAAAAUAUCCUUUAAACACCACAUAGUUAGCAAAAAUGCUAACGAUCCACAACAGUAGCUUGAUUUGAUGAAAACAGCACCUGGUGCUUGUAGGGCGAAAUUGGAAAGUCAAAAUGUAUCUAUAUUAAAAUCAGUUAUAACCUAAUUUAAUUUGUAGAGUGAACAUGUUAUUGCCAAUUCUACAUUAUGGGCCUAGCAUUUAAAAUUAUUCCACUGGAGUCAGUGGGAUUGUUGGAUUCACAUACAGGUGUGAAGCGGAUCCCUGUAAACCUUUCAAAUAAAUCAUUUGUGCAAUUGAUGAAUGACAAACUGGUUGGACGGUGAACUUUAAGAGAACCAAGGUAUUCAGAAUAUCAAAAUAUAGGAACCUAAUGUGAUUGGUAAAUGUGUUAGUCCAGUUACAGUUCAUUUGUAACCAGACAUGUUAUGCGAGCACUUUGUUGGAAAUUUCUUAGAAAAUGUGAGGAAGAGCAUCAAUAAUGGUAGAUAAUAUUAAGGCACAUACGAAGGAUUUUUUUUCUUUUUUUGCCUAACCAUACCAGUACCACUGAUGCCACUUUCUCACGUGGUUUAUUUGUUACCUCCAUAAAUGAAGUUCCUUUUGAAGGAAUAACAUUUUCUUGUUGAAGUUCCUGACCUUGGCAAGGCUAAAUAUCAGGUUUUAACAUUGCAACCUCAGCUAGAAUGUCUUCAGAUGCUCAGUCUUUCAUAAGAAAACAGGCUUUGCCAGAGUGUUCAUGGAAAAUCCCAACUCAGCACUCAGGGAUCUUAAGCAAAUCCUCCUUUGUUUGCUCUAACGUUUUUUUUUUUUUUUU